CAGUUUAUAUAUAUAGCAAUUACUCUGUGAUUCUUUUCAUUUAUAGCAACUGAGAAUCUUGUGUUGUGCAAAAAUGGCUUCUGAAGAUCCGACUAUUCCUCUUCUUACGCCCUACAAGUUGGGAAAAUUCAAUCUAUCCCAUAGAGUUGUUCUGGCACCAUUGACUAGACAGAGAUCUUACAACAAUGUUCCUCAGCCUCAUGCUAUCCUAUAUUACUCUCAGCGAACGACCAAGGGGGGUCUUCUGAUAACUGAAGCUACUGGUGUUUCUGACACUGCUCAAGGCUAUGUUGAUACACCUGGAAUAUGGACAAAGGAACAGGUGCAAGCAUGGAAACCCAUUGUGGAUGCUGUUCAUGCCAAAGGUGGGAUAUUUUUUUGUCAGAUCUGGCACGUGGGAAGGGUUUCAAAUUCAGGUUUUCAGCCAAAUGGACAAGCGCCAAUAUCUUGCACAGACAAGGGACUGACCCCACAAAUUCGAAGUAAUGGCAUUGACGUUGCACAAUAUACACCACCAAGGAGGCUGAGGACAGAUGAAAUUCCUCAAAUCGUCCAUGACUUUAGGCUUGCUGCAAGGAAUGCUAUGGAAGCUGGUUUUGAUGGGGUUGAAAUUCAUGGUGCCCAUGGUUACCUUCUUGAUCAAUUUAUGAAAGAUCAAGUCAAUGAUCGAAUAGAUAAAUAUGGUGGAUCACUUGAGAACCGCUGUCGCUUUCCUUUGGAAGUUGUUAAAGCUGUUACUGAUGAGAUAGGGGCAGAGCGAGUUGGGAUCAGAUUAUCACCUUUUGCACAUCAUGCAGAAUGUGGGGAUUCCAAUCCUAGAGAACUUGGUCUUUACAUGGUAAAUUCCUUGAAUAAAUAUGGUAUUCUGUACUGUCAUGUGGUAGAACCAAGAAUGAAGACUCCUUUGGAACAAAUUGAGUGCCCUGACAGUCUUGUUCCAAUGAGAAAGGCCUUCAAUGGCUCUUUCAUUGCUGCUGGAGGCUUUGACCGCAGCGAUGGCAAUCAUGCAGUGGCAGAGAACCGAGCAGAUCUUGUUGCCUAUGGUCGGUGGUUCUUGGCAAAUCCAGAUUUGCCAAAGAGGUUUGAGCUUAAUGCUUCUCUCAACAAGUACCACAGAGAAACAUUUUACACUUCUGAUCCUGUUGUUGGAUAUACUGAUUAUCCAUUUCUUGAAGUGAGUUCUUAAGGCUCUAAUUGUAGAUGGGUAUUUUCAGUCCUUGCUCUUCUUUAGUUUCUUCUAUUUUGAACAUUCCAAUUUCAGUUGAGUGUAAUAACAUUACAAAAUGGCAGCAAAAAGCCAUUGGGCAAAAGUGAUGUGCUUAUUCGUGCCCUUCUAUUUUCCCUUUAUAAAUAACUUUGUACUAUUUUGGGUUCAAGUAAUAUAAGAUAAAGGGCAUGCUCUGUCCCCACCAUUAUAUAUUA